ACAUGGCUACGGCCACGAAAGACGCUCAAAGUGUUGUGAUUCUACUUCUGCUUAAUAGCAUGUACGUACUGAGUUAUUCAAACGGAUGUAGUGGCGAAGGAAAUUGGUCAGUUUAUGACCGGCAGUGCUACAGUUGUAUAGCGAAUGCUGUUCCUUGGCAAACUGCCAGAUCUUCGUGUCUGCAAUUAGGGGCGGAUCUUGUUACAAUCAACAAUGCAGGGACACAGUCCUUUGUAGAAAAACUUUGCCCUAACACAAAUCGCUGGAUUGGACUGAACGAUAUAGCCACUGAGAGCAAAUUUGUCUGGGUUAAAGAUUCAACGGCAGUUUCUUAUUCGAAUUGGGCCUCCAGCGAGCCAAAUAAUGCCGGGGGUGACGAAGACUGUGUUGGCCUUUUGGCGAAUAUACAUGGGUGGAAUGAUGUUCCCUGUACAUUAAGUUACCCUUACAUAUGUCAGAAACCUGAGGAAUGUACACUUGGAUCUUACGGAUCAAACUGUAGCCUUAAUUGCAGUUCGUACUGUCAAAAUAAAACUUGUGACCGUUCAUCUGGAGAAUGCCUGCAUGGUUGUAAACCUGGAUAUCACAUGCCCAACUGCGUCAUGCCUUGUACGGUCGGACAUUAUGGAGAUAAUUGCACCAAGACAUGUGGAAAAUGUUUAGAUGAUAAAACAUGUAACAAUGUCAACGGUACCUGUAAAGAUGGAUGCAAAGAGGGAUUUAAGGGGGAUCUUUGCAUAACAACUUGUCGAAACGGUACAUUUGGAAUUAAUUGCAUGUAUAACUGCAGUGGAAACUGUGAGAGCAAUGACAUUUGUGACAAGAGAAACGGAACAUGCGUUAGUUGUGUUCCUGGCUGGGAAAAUCAAUAUUGUAACAAAACUUGCGAUGUUGGAUCGUACGGUUCAAACUGUGAUGAAGCAUGUGGACGUUGUCUUGGGGCUGGCAAUUGUUCAUUAUCUGAUGGAAAUUGUUUAGGUGGCUGUCAGGAAGGUUUCACAGGAGAUAAUUGUCAUGAAAGAAUACAAAAUUUACAUAACACACCUGAUGCUGCAGUCAUCGCCGCCCCUGUUAUCGCCAUUGUUGUCCUGAUAACAGUCAUCGUAGUUGUUGUCAUCUUAAGAAAAAGGCAGCCAUCUUAAAAGAAUAAAAAGAAGGAAAAAAAUGUGCAAUUGCAGGCGAUUCCAGAACAAUGUCUGACAGCUAAAUAAAGCAACUUAAAUUU